GAGGAAAAUUCAUUCUGAAACCUACAAACCUAACAACACUAGAACUUUUAACAAUUUUUAAUAAAUACGUUAGCUCUCAGGUUAAGCAAGUUAGUGAGAAGUCACAAUAAUUAACAGUUUAACGUUUACCAAAGGGAUUUAUGUCUUUUUUAUAAAUUCCUUUACAGAAGUUUAAUUAAUAUCAGUGUGAAUUUAUAUUUCUUUUAAUAUUGAUUCUGUAAAUUAAAUUAGUAUGGUCAUGGCGCGAUAUGUACACCAAGAUAAAGGUUACAGCAUUAAAUUAAUCGAUACAAUUUAUAGCCAUAUUCCAGCAUUUACUGAUUUAUUUGAUGAAGAGUCUUGGUACAUCUUUGUUACUUUUUUUGUCAUCGUAACUAUUUUUGUAGUUUCUAUAUUGUCAAGGUUUAUAACGUUAAAACCAGUAGAUUAAUAACAACCUUAGAAUUUACCAGUACCGAAGCUUAGAAUGUCAUGUUAAUCAUUUUAACCAAAUUUAAAGUGUUUGAUGUAAAUUUUGAUGCACCCUUGUAAAAAUAUGCCUUAAAUAAAAAUGCAAAGCAGUCUGAUUA